AUGUCGGUCGCCCCUGCCAACGGUCUGACGCUUACCGCUGUCCCUGAGGGGGGAAUCUCGCAAAUUUUCAGCGGCAUCAUCUCGACAGCCGUGGCUGCUGGCGUCGCGGCCGCUAAUACGCAGACCACAGAGGAUGGAGCCUUGAAGACCUUUCUGACGACAGCCACAAGCACGAUGUGGAAGGACAAGGACAUUAAAAAGUUCGAUGAGCUAGGAUUCUCCGUCAAGGCUGCAGCGUGCUACUUUGGAGGCCUCAACAUCAACUUCCGGACGGAAUUUGCUAAAGUCAAUGUCACUAUCGACUUUGGCGAUGGCGGUUGGAAAAGUCGAACCUACAACUGCUUUCGCAUCGCGGAGGGCAGACAAGUGAGCUUGUUGUGGCCCGUCAAUGAGCAAACGUGGGCAGCGUCGAGCGAGGAUUGCAAAUUUUCGCAGUCGCCGACACUUUACCAAUGCUAA